GUUUGGUAAUGUUGUAUGUGUGAUUAAAUGGUUCCUAAGAAUGGUGUGAUCAAAUUUGCUGUUUAAAUUAUUCAAAUCUCGGAUAUUAUGAUUGGAAUUGGUUUCAGGGAUAUUGUGUAGAGUAAAGGUUAUUAAGGUUGUUAUUCUAUUGGAGGAGGGUAUAUUUAUGAUAUUAAUACAAAUAGAACAUAUAAUAUAUAUCACAAUGGUUUAUGUUAUAAUCAUGAUUAAUAAGAUAAGAAUGGUAAAUAAUUAGCAUUUACAUUUUCUACAAAUGAUAUAAUAAUAGUUGAAGUGGAUAUUGAAAAGAAGUAUGUGAAAUGGACAAAGUAAUCCACAAAUGAAUCAUUCGUAUCAAUUUCUAUUUACUAUUAGACUCUUACUAUUGAUACAUCCAAAGAUUUAUAUCCAUGUGUACAUUUAUAUGGUCCAUCUAAAGUACAGAUAUUAAAAUAACAGUUUAAAUGA